GAGGGAGAGUCCAAAAUGGGAUUACCCAAACAGAGUAAACCCGCCCCCGAGAGAUUCCUAUUGGCCAGUCGUGAACGUAAACAGAGAACCCCGCCUUUUUAUUGGCUGCAACUCGCUACUUUCCAGCGUUCGCCCCCUGAGCUUUCACUCACAGGUUCGGUCGGUGUGAAGUGGAGUUCCGCCGCCAGAGCGAGACUCCACACAGUCGCGAUGAAGUUCGUCAGGUUUAUAAUGAGAAGUGCCGCUGCAGUCAGUGUGCCCAAACACAUCGAGCAUUUCGCUAAAUUCUCUCCUUCGCCGCUCUCCAUCAAGCAGUUUCUCGAUUUCGGAUCCACCAAUGCCUGUGAGAAGACGUCCUUUGUCUUUCUCAGACAGGAGCUUCCUGUCAGACUUUGCAACAUAAUGAAGGAAAUUAACCUCUUGCCUGAUGAACUGCUCACAACCCCAUCUGUGCAGAUGGUGCACAGCUGGUACAUCCAGAGUCUAAUGGAGAUCCUUGAAUUCCUGGACAAGAAUCCUGAUGAUCACAAAGUCCUGGGAGAGUUUGUUGAUGCCUUAGUUACCAUCAGAAACAGGCACAACGACGUCGUGACCACCAUGGCCCAGGGUGUCAUUGAGUACAAAGAGACCUUCCCCCAGGAUUCGGCCACUAACCAGAACAUCCAAUACUUUCUGGACCGCUUCUACAUGAGCCGUAUCUCAAUUCGCAUGCUGAUCAACCAGCACACUCUUGUUUUCGAUGGCACCACCAACCCUGUGCACCCCAGCAUAAUAGGCAGCAUUGACUCUCACUGUCAAGUCGGAGAUGUCAUCCAGGAUGCCUUCCAAAAUGCCAAGAUGCUGUGUGACCAGUACUAUCUCCGCUCCCCUGAUCUCAUACUACAGGAGAUGAGCAGCAAGAAGAACGAGCCAAUAAGCAUCGUGUAUGUGCCCUCUCACCUGUAUCACAUGCUGUUCGAGCUCUUUAAGAAUGCCAUGAGGGCCACCAUUGACACCCAUGAGAGCAGCAACAGCCUCCCACCCAUUCAAGUGAAAGUGUCUCUUGGAGGCGAGGACAUGUCCAUUAAGGUGAGUGACAAGGGCGGCGGUGUCCCCUUUCGUAAGACUGAGAAGCUUUUCAGCUACAUGUACUCUACUGCUCCUGCUCCAAAGAUAGGAGACCACACACGGCCUCCACUGGCUGGCUUUGGCUACGGUCUGCCCAUCUCUCGUCUGUACGCCAAGUACUUCCAGGGAGACCUGCAGCUCUUCUCCAUGGAGGGCCACGGCACAGACGCUGUCGUCUACUUGAAGGCGCUGUCCACAGACUCGAUCGAGAGGCUGCCAGUGUACAACAAAACUGCUCUGAAGAACUACAAAGUGAGCCACGAGGCUGACGACUGGUGUAUACCCAGGAAAGAGCCUCUGGAUCUGAGGCCCUUUAAGGUGGCCAAGUGAAAACAGCCCCCAGGCCUGGUGCUCCAGACCCACAUAGCAAGAAACCUCUGGAAUAUCUGUCUUCAUAUUCCCAGUUGGUUAUCUGCCAAGGCAGAUGGGCACUGUGUGGUUUUAGCAGUAGCAUGUUCAUGUUGUUUUGACUCCCUGUUUUCCUUCUGAGUUUGUCAUAACAGAGUAGACAAAUAGCAACAACAACUAACAGAACAUUGGAGAUGCAGCUUCACUGUUGCUAAACGCAUGUAGCUUCACCAGGAAUUGUAUGUGUGUGCGUGUGUGUGUGUAGGUGGGAGAGACAGUCGCAGUGGAGCGGAGUAGACCGACGAAGAGGAGGGUGUAGGUUUUACAGCAGAUGUUUGGUUAAACGGGAAGGGACCUGUUGUUAAAGAGAUCCAGAUUCUGACUUCUAUAGAAAAUAUCACCCAAGCCUUAGAGCAGCAACUUCACCCAAAGGCUCAUUUCAUUGAAUACUUGAACUAUUUAAAGUAAUAUUUUUGUUAAAUUGGAAGUACUGUAACGUUGGUCAGGAGAUCUGAACAAA